AUGCCGAGAAAGACCGUUCAGCAGUUGGAUGCAUACAUUAAGGCAACAGCCGUCGUGUGCGACCACUCCAACACCAAACUCAUCAGCAGGAAGACUAAAGUCAAACCAAGCAGGAAACAAGCUUUCCUGUCUGGACUGCAUUUCGGGAACACGUCUUCUGAUGCUUCCUAUGCAAAGAGGAGACCAUUGAAACGAUGGAUUCGAAGAGAAUCGAUGGGCACUCGCCAAAGUCAAAGUAAUACCGAAGACGUAAAACAGAAACUGCAUCUCUUUGUCCGGACUUCCCACUCAAAAAAAACCAAGACACUUUACUUUGAACUCCAUCCCGAGACAUCAGUCACAUCUCUCAAAGAAACAAUCCAGAAGAGAAUUGAUGUUGAGGCACGAUAUCAGCGUCUGUACAUCAGGAGAAACUUUCAGCUGUGUGACCUACUCACACUUGAGGAGAAUGGUGUCGGCAAGGAUGAAAUCAUCUCUCUCCAUCUUUCAGUAGAUGGUCCAAAUGAUGACAGUGUAACAAAAGACAAAGCCAACAUUGAUGAUGAGUACCUCAAGGACUUGUCUUCGAAAAGUGAAUCAUCAUGGAAGGAACUAGCUGAACAUCUAGGAUAUGAAGAAGCGGAAAUUGCAGACAUCCAAUCCAGCAACGAAGGCAGCAAUGAAGCUGGCCGUCACAUGCUACUCACUUGGUGGGAAAAAACGACAGAUCACGACGAAGCAGCUCAGAAACUGAGACUAGCAUUGGAGGCCAUUGGGUUGACUGAUUUGGCCCAACAUGUACCAGGUACGCUAGAAGUGAGGACCAAUUUUUUAAAUCACACCUCACGCAUUUGA